AUGAAUCAAUAAAAAACGGAGAAUGAUUUAAAUUAGUAACCUGGAUUAGAUUCCUUCCUUAAAACAUGGUGGUAAUCACAUCUAUUUGGAACAAAACUUAUCUUGACAAUUUCAACAAUUUUUGGAUUAAUUGAUUUAUUUACACAUUAUGCCUUUGACAUCCUGAGUAAUUCCCCAGAUUCAACAAUGCCUUUUUAAAUAUAGAGAUUGUUUUUUGCACAUUUUGUUCAUUGUAUACUUCAAUUUCAUAAUAUUUUCUAGAUUACAGUAUUGAUAUGAUAUUAGCUAUCAUAUGCAUUUCUAAUAGAUUGAAAGACUUUGAAAGCAAGAGUGGCACAGUUUAAUUCCUUAUCAUAAUUUUUAUUGUAGGUUUUAUCACUUAAGUAUAUAAACUAAUAAAAUUUUAGUCAAUUUGCCUCCUAUUACAAUUUGUCUUAUCAUUUAUUUACCCUCCCUUCUCUUACGCACCAGCCUAUAGUUUAUGGAACUUUGCCAUAUUUUUCAUUAUUCAAGAGUAUCAACUAUCAUUUUAUUUAAAGUUGUCUUAUGAUACCUAAUGGUCAAAGUAAAUUCCUGAUUUUUCCAAUGUAACUAAAAAAUAAAUAUUAUCCGAUUUUAUUUGUUGCUCUCUUUAGUUUAAUCCAGCAAUCUUUGACUUUUAUUAGCUCAUCCAUAGUGGCUGUCGUUUACUAUAUAUAUUAGGAGAAUUUUAACUUCUUGCCAGCAGUAUUAACUCAUUUUUAUUAAGACCAUUUAAAAAAUCGAAAAUGGAAUAAUAUUUAAACAUUUUAUAGAAAAAAUUGAUUUUAAAAGAAUUUCAAAUUAUUAAGAUCAAAUAGAAUUGAGUGUUGAUUCCAGAGAUAUACCAUAGAUUUAAACACCUCCUGCCAAGUUUAAAUAAUAGAUUUAUAUUAUAGAUUAACAAUUGAAGGGAGUGCUCCAUUUCCUCCAUCUCUUUUAUUUCAAGAAUUGAAGAAGCAAUUGAAUGCUAAAGGUGCCAAAACUCAUGAGAGAGUAUAAGAAGUGGAAGAAUAAAAAUAAAUUGAAUAAAAGACAGAGGAGUACGAUUUAUGA